GUUCCGGAGCGCUGUGCUGUGCUGUGCUCCUGCUGUGCGCGCGUGUGUGUGAGUGUGUCCGCGGGUUUGUGUUUUCUUGCAUUGAGAGUGUGUGUGUUUGUGUGUUUUCGUCGUUCGCCCGUGCAGUGUGGCCCGUACCACGGCAUACAGCAGCAUGUAGCACCUGGAUCAGUGCGCGCGACGGUUCCCUUGGUCUCUCGAGCUGCAUUUUCCCUGGAUUGGACGGAAUUUACUGAUUGUGUACUGUGGGAGCAUCCUUCCGUGUAUCCAAUGGAAAUUUAACGGGGGCCUGUGUAUAAGGGAUUGAGGAUUCUUCUCUCGGUAGAUGGUCGUUGAGGAAGCUUCCAUUUUGAGUCCUGUGUUUAUGGCUAGCGACUCCCCGGCCCGGAGUCUGGACGAGAUAGACCUGUCUGCACUACGGGACCCGGCAGGUAUAUUUGAACUAGUGGAGCUAGUUGGAAAUGGAACCUACGGGCAGGUCUACAAGGGCCGUCAUGUCAAAACGGGUCAGCUUGCAGCCAUCAAGGUUAUGGAUGUUACAGGCGAUGAGGAGGAGGAGAUCAAGGCGGAGAUCAACAUGCUGAAGAAGUACAGCCACCACCGCAACAUCGCCACGUACUAUGGAGCCUUCGUCAAGAAGAACCCUCCUGGCAUCGAUGACCAGCUCUGGCUGGUCAUGGAGUUCUGUGGAGCAGGCUCUGUCACAGACCUGAUCAAGAACACCAAGGGGAACUCCCUGAAGGAGGAGUGGACGGCCUACAUCUGUAGAGAGAUCCUCAGGGGUCUGACCCAUCUCCACCAGCACAAGGUCAUCCACAGGGACAUCAAGGGUCAGAAUGUGCUGCUGACAGAGAACGCCGAGGUCAAACUAGUGGACUUUGGCGUCAGCGCCCAGCUGGACCGGACGGUGGGCCGCAGGAACACGUUCAUCGGGACGCCGUACUGGAUGGCCCCCGAGGUGAUCGCCUGCGACGAGAACCCAGACGCCACCUACGACUUCAAGAGUGAUCUGUGGUCUCUGGGGAUCACAGCCAUAGAGAUGGCCGAGGGAGCACCUCAUGAAACGGAGUAUGAAUACAGCGGCAGUGAGGAAGAGGAGGAGGAGAGGGACAUGGGGGAGCCAAGCUCGAUCAUCAACAUCCCGGGGGAGUCCACUCUGAGGCGGGACUUCCUGCGCCUGCAGCUGGCCAAUAAGGAGCGCUCGGAGGCGCUGCGCCGUCAGCAGCUGGAGCAGCAGCAGAACGAGGAGCACAAGCGGCAGCUGCUGGCCGAGCGGCAGAAACGCAUCGAGGAGCAGAAGGAGCAGAGGAGGAGGCUGGAGGAGCAACAGCGGCGCGAGCGCGAGAUGAGGAAACAGCAGGAGAGGGAGCAGAGGCGACGCUACGAGGAGAUGGAGCAGCUGCGGAGAGACGAGGAGAGGAGGCACGCGGAGAGAGAGCAGGAGUACAUCCGUAGACAGUUGGAGGAGGAGCAGAGACAGCUGGAGAUCCUACAGCAGCAGCUCCUCCAGGAGCAGGCUCUUCUGCUGGAGUACAAGCGUAAGCAGAUGGAGGAGCAGAGGCAGGCAGAGCGUCUCCAGAGGCAGCUGCAGCAGGAGAGAGCCUACCUGGUGUCGCUCCAGCAACAGCAGCAGGAGCCACGCCCCCAGGACAAGAAGCAGCUGUACCACUACAAGGACCAGGCCCCCAGCGUCGACAAACCAGCCUGGGCACAGGAGGUGAUGCGUAGAGCCCAGAGUAACUCGCCUCGUAUCCCCCCCAAGAAGUAUCACUCCUUCACAGAGCCUGGCGACACCAACCUCGCUCAGCUUCUCCAGCUUCCUGGUUACUGCCCCCGGCCCCGCCCCCCCUCCUACCCCACCCACGUCAGCCCCUCUAGGGAGAGGUCAGAACCCAGCAGUGUGCACGUGCCGCGCAUUCGUGUGUCCUGUGCCCCUGAAGCCCUCCCCAUCCCCUCCUUUAAGCCAAUCCUGCGACGCCCCGAGGCUCCUCGGCGGAACCCUGACGAGAGGGGGCGGAGCCCCGGCCCGAGGGUGGAGGAGCGAUCCAAGAUGAACAGACAGAGUUCUCCAGCGUUGCAGCACAAGGUGUCCAACCGCAUCUCUGACCCGUCUCUGCCGCCGCGCUCCGAGUCGUUCAGCAGCGGGGGCAUCCAGCAAGCCCGGACCCCGCCCCAGCUCCGCUCCAUCGAGCCGCAGAUGGCCCAUCUGGUCCAGGUGAAGUCCCAUGGUCUGUCAGGGUCCCAGUCCCUCCACGACCCCCAGGGUGGGGGGGGCCUGUCCCCCUCCCCUUCGCGCCCCCCCAUGCCCCGGCAGAACUCCGACCCCACCUCCGACACCCCAGCCCCGCCCCCCCGCCUCGUCCCACCCCACGACAAGCUCGACCGCAACCCCUGGGUUCGCCAUGACGAUGACCUGCCCCCCAAGGUUCCCCAGAGAACCACGUCCAUCUCCCCAGCCCUGGUGAGGAAAACCUCCCCGGGGAACGGACCUGGGCUGGGGCCCCGGACUGGAGCUCACCUGAUACGGGCCAGUAACCCGGACCUGCGCAUGGACAUGUCCAUGGAAACGCCCCUGAAGAGAAGAAGCAGUGGAAGCUCCUCCAGCUCCAGCUCCCAGGAGAGAGGGUCCAGUAAGGCUGAAGGUACCAUGGCAACAACUCAGGAGCCCAAAGAGGAGGGCAGGGAGGUGACACAACCUAGCAGGCCUGCGGAUUUGACUGCUCUGGCCAAAGAGCUCCGAGAACUCCGGCAGGGGGAGGAGACGAACCGCCCGCCCGUCAAAGUGACAGACUACUCUUCGUCCAGUGAGGAGUCUCACAGCAGCGAGGACGAGGAGGGAGAGGGCGGGACCAACGAUGGAACUGUGGCCGUCAGCGACAUACCACGGAUUAUGCCUGCUGCAGGGCCAGGAGGGAACGAGCCCUACGGCAUGAUGGGAAGCCAUAACGAUGCCCAUGGCGACUCCUAUGGCAACAGUGGGCAGGACAGCACUCUGAUGAUGCGUGAGAAGUUUGGGGACAGGAGGCGGAGCUCCCCUCCCAAUGACAGCAAUGGUUUCCCCAGCAACUCUAAUCUGUUCCCCGGCAACGCCAAUCUGCCUGAUUUGGUGCAACAAAGCACCCCGCCCCUGGUCUCCCCGGGCGACGGCUCAGGGGCCCAAUACGGGAUAGGAAGUGGGAGUGGCUCCAAGUCCUCCUUUACGCCAUUCGUCGAUCCGAGGGUGUACGGGACGUCCCCCACCGAUGAUGACGAUGAGAACUCUGCUUCCGCUCUGUUUGCAGACGAGCUGAUGAGACACGAGCAGGAGCAGGCCCGACUAAACGAGGCCAGAAAGAUCUCGGUGGUGAACGUGAACCCCACCAACAUCCGUCCCCACAGCGACACUCCCGAGAUCCGCAAGUACAAGAAGAGGUUCAACUCUGAGAUCCUCUGUGCUGCUCUCUGGGGCGUGAACCUACUGGUGGGGACUGAGAACGGGCUGAUGUUGUUGGACCGCAGCGGUCAGGGGAAGGUCUACAAUCUCAUUAACCGCAGACGGUUCCAGCAGAUGGACGUUCUGGAGGGACUGAAUGUUCUGGUCACCAUCUCAGGCAAGAAGAACAAGCUCCGUGUGUACUACCUGUCCUGGCUCAGGAACAGGAUAUUACACAACGACCCGGAAGUAGAGAAGAAGCAGGGUUGGAUCACAGUGGGGGAGCUGGAGGGAUGCGUGCACUACAAAGUUGUGAAAUAUGAGAGGAUUAAGUUUCUGGUGAUAGCUCUAAAGAAUGCAGUGGAGAUUUACGCCUGGGCCCCCAAACCUUACCACAAGUUCAUGGCCUUCAAGUCGUUCACUGACCUGCAGCACCGCCCCCAGCUGGUUGACCUGACGGUGGAGGAGGGUCAGAGGUUAAAGGUCAUCUAUGGCUCCAGCGUUGGCUUCCAUGUCAUCGACGUGGACUCUGGGAACCCCUAUGACAUCUACAUCCCCUCCCAUAUUCAGAGUCAGGUGACCCCCCACGCCAUCGUGGUUCUGCCCAAGACGGACGGCAUGGAGAUGCUGCUGUGCUACGAGGACGAGGGCGUCUACGUCAACACCUACGGGCGCAUCACCAAAGACGUGGUGCUGCAGUGGGGCGAGAUGCCCACCUCCGUGGCCUACAUCCACUCCAACCAGAUCAUGGGCUGGGGAGAGAAGGCCAUUGAGAUCCGCUCCGUGGAGACGGGACACCUCGACGGAGUUUUCAUGCACAAGCGAGCUCAGCGACUGAAGUUCCUGUCGGAAAGGAACGACAAGGUGUUUUUUGCAUCUGUUCGUUCUGGUGGCAGCAGCCAAGUCUUUUUCAUGACCCUCAACAGAAGCUCCAUGAUGAACUGGUAACCCCCUCCUCUCCGGUUCAUUCCGUUCAUCCCACACCAGAGGAGGGGAGGGAAGGAAUGAAGGAAGAACGGAAAAAGAUGAGUGAACACAUCAGACAUUCGAAUCAGAAGAAAAAAAUGCAUCGGAGCCGUUGCUCAUUUCCAACCUCCACCACCAGGGGUGCCAGAGAGACACAGCCUCUCAAGUCAGCGUCCAGAUGUUUGAUAUUUUACUGUAGUCUACUUACUUUUCUUGGAUUACUGGGUUUCUUUUUUUCCUUGGGUUAGGGGGACAUUUAACAGGACAUGGUAGCAUAAAAACCACAUUGUUGGGUAGCCUAAACUUUGAACCUCCCAUUUAAACCAUGUUACUCUUAUUUCUGGUAAUUUCAGGUAUGACCAGAAUCCACAGAUCCCAAUGGUUUUGUUUGUUCACCAAUAUUACAACACAAGUGGUGCAGGACUCAUCUAACAUGGGAUUAGGUCUUAAAUACACAUUUGAUAACUUGACAUAUUAUCACUUUUUUUCUUUUUAAUUAUUUGCAUUUGACAUCAUUCAGUCUUUCUUUUCGUCAACUGGAGCAAGUCGUUUGCUACACAUUGUAAAGGUUGAAAACCGUUGUGGAGAUCUUCACAUACAUUUUCUGGUAGAUAUAUGGGUUCGGUAAUCUCCAUGUGACCCUUGACCUAAGUUUACCGGGGACAUGAUAGCAGUUGUAGAAAUAUUUACACCAAUUCACAAUUAAGAAAAUUGGCGUGAAUGCCAUUGUGUUGCAGAUUAUUUUGUGCUCCCCCUCCUCACAAAUUUCUCCAAGCAUCUUUUCCUUCUAUGUUGCACAUCUGUAAAUACACACUAUUCCGUUUGGAACAGCCUAAACAGACUCUACACGCACGACUGUGACAAGAAGUUUAAGACAGGAGUCCAGCUUCUCCCUGAUCUGCCUGUAAAUCUCUUCAUUCCCCUGUAACUUGCUGGUGUCCACGUUAAUUGGCUGAACCAGGAAGCAGAAGCAGGGUUUGAGGAGGGCUGUGUGGCCAGAGCGUCCUCCUGUUGUGAACUCCAUUUGAGGUAUCUGCUUCUGUACAUUUGCAUGGCGACACUCUUACUGAUACCGUGGUUAGAUCUGAUCAGGGUACAGCGCUCCUCCAAAACACUCAACUGCCAUCACCAAUUCAAACUAGCUUUAGAGGUGAAGCAACCUCUAUCACUCUCAUCAUUAAAACAAAUAUCAAGUUUAGUCUAGGGAUUGUGUCCAAAGCUGUACUUAAUCUGCCAAGAAAGUAAACCUAUAGGAGAGUUUGUCCAUGAGUUUAAUAAUCCAGUUUGAAAAAAAAAAAAAAAAAGAUCAUCUGGGACAAUGAAAGUAGAGGGAGACUUCCAUACCUUCGACCCCUGUGGCAUCAGUGCUCAGAGAGGGGAGAAGGUUGAGGACAUUUUCAAUAAGCAAACGUGAGCCUCGACCUGCAGGAUGACCCACAACCCUUACAGAUCUGUAAACACUGGAAGAAGACGGGGUCAAGGGGACCAUGUACCAUCUUGUCUCACUAAUGUAUGAAACCAUACAGAAAAAGAUUCAUAUUUCAUUAUGAUAUUAUCUUAUUGAUUAUUUAGAGAAAGACAGGACUUUAUGUUCAAAUUAUAUUAUAAAGCGUAGUUGUCUUUCUACAGAGUAGAGAAAAGUUUUAAGAAUUUCUAAAUAUGUUUUUAUUGUGGUUUGAUUUGUAUUUGUAUUUCAAUUUUUGUACGUAUCAGACUGUGAACAUGUAUGAAUGGGUUUGGAUGUGUGUGUGUGUGAGACUCGUCUUCCCUGCUAACAGAAUCGGAUUUUAUUCCUCCACUGUUACGACUAUAGCGUUUGGUGUGUGUCUGUGUGUGUGUGUUUGUGUGUGUGUGUGUCCUCUCCCGGUCUGAAUCCCUGGGAUCAAUAAAACCCCGCCUCAGACUCAUUAAGCACUCUGUCAUAUUCACAUGUACAUGUCCCUUCCUUGUACAGCAACAUAUUUGAUGAAGAAAAAUGUCAACAUUGUUUGGAUGUUUUAAACUUGUAAAACAUACAGUGCUAUUCUACAAUGUUGGACAAAUUAUUCAUCCACACAUCACCCUGACACAAACACACAUGCGCACACACACACAUAUUCACUGUCCCACCAGUAAAAAAAAAAAGAAAAAAAAAAAAAAAAGAAAACAUCUAAUUUGACCAUCUACGCAAUUUCUGCUGUCUUUCUCUGUUGAAGGUCCAUAUAACUUCCAUUGAGUGGUAGUAGCCUAUGUAAUUACAUGUUCUUAAUAAAAAAAAUAUCCAAAUCAC